UCCUGCUCAGAGUUCCCGGAAUGGUAGGAUUUCGCCUCAUUUGUCGGGCAAAAUCCCAGCAGUAUGGCUUUGUCAGGCAUAUUGCACGACGGUUUUCGAGUGUGAGUUCAUGCCUCGAGUACCACCAAUAUGGAGAUCCUCUGCAAGUGGUGAAGAAGAGUGAAAAAACUAUCCCUGAACUGAAGGAAAAUGAGGUCCUGGUGAAAAUGCUAGCUGCCACUGUGAAUCCCGCAGAUAUCAAUACCAUCCAGGGAGUUUAUGCUGUGAAGCCCCCACUGCCAAGCAUACCUGGCAAUGAAGGUGUAGGAAGAAUUGUUAAGGUUGGCAAUAGUGUGGCUGAUGACUUUCAGCCAGGAGACCAUGUCAUACCCAGGAUUAAUGCUUGGGGCACUUGGAGGGAUUAUGCUGUGGCAUCACACAAGGAGCUUAUAAAGAUUCCAUCUGAUGUAGAUGUAGCAACAGCUGCUACAAUAGCAGUCAACCCAUGCACUGCCUAUCGUAUGUUAAAGGACUUUGUUCCUCUAAAGGAAGGUGAUACAAUCAUCCAGAAUGGCAGCAACUCAGCAGUAGGCCAGGCAGUCAUACAGAUAGCAGCUGCAUUUGGCUGGCGGACAGUGAAUGUUGUCCGUGAUCGCCCAACCAUUGAUGAAUUGAAGGAGAAGUUGACUAAACUUGGAGCAACUGUUGUGGUAACAGAGGAAGAAUUGAGAAAAAGUGAGGCAGUCCAAGCUCUCCCCAAGCCUAGUUUAGCUCUGAACUGUGUCAGUGGUCGCAGUGGAACAGAAAUCUUGCGGCAGCUGUCACCCCAAGGUGUUAUGGUCACUUAUGGUGGAAUGUCAAGAAAGCCUGUCACUGUUCCCGUUGGUUCCCUGAUUUUCUCGGAUGUGACUCUGAAGGGAUUUUGGAUGACCCGCUGGAAUAAGGAUCAUUUUAGUCACCCAGAACGAGAGCAAAUGUUAGGUGAACUUUUUGACUUGGUGAAGCAGGGUAAGCUGUGUCCACCUGAUCAUGCAAUGGUCCCCUUUCAGGAUUAUAAAACUGCCUUGAAAGAUGCUAUGCCAAGUGAUGGUAUGGUUGGUAAAAAACAAAUACUGGUCUUUCCUUAGAUAUGAACAAUCAGUUUUGCUGUGCAAGGGAGUAAAAGAAGUUUUGACUGUUCUAAACCUGUAUACUGAAUGGGUUAUCUAUUUGAAUAUAUGCUAUGUAUGGUUGAAUACAUUAAGUGGGGGUUAGCUGCUAAUAUCCUCAUGAUGUACAUAAAGUUCUGGAAGCAAUAUAUUUAAUUUAUGACCAUCUUUUUCUUUUUCCAUAAAUUUUGUUAACCCCUUGGUGCCGGGUGACGCCGAUCGGCGUGUAAACAAAGAGCUCGAAAGCUGGCGUGCAGCCGAACGAGCCGGCGGCGAGCCAGUGAUUCGGGCUGAUGUCCCCUACUCACGAGCUCAAAGUCAGCGCGCCGCCUUUGUUUGUUUAAGCGUAGAUUUUUUUUUUUCUUUUGUACAGCCGGCACCAUUGGGUUAAAAACACUUUCAUUUUCAACAAAUAUUAAAGCAGGAGGUGCAAGGUUCACAUCAAUUUAUGAUAAGCUCAACUAAAUGUGAAAAAUAUUGGUCUUCAGAGGUUAUGGCUAAUAAAACAGGAAGUAGAAAUGCGCACUUUAAUAAUAUAAUACUUGCCUUUAGGCUAAAUUCAACACAUUUUUCCCCUACAAAUCUGAUAUUGGCCCUAAAUACAUGUGGAGAUGAAACACCAAUAUGUAUGUAAUGCACCAAAAUAUACCCAAAACAAAUUUACAAUAAGGUAUAAAAAACUGCAAUAAAGAUCUACAUGUAUAUAAUAUGCCUCAAGAGAGUUCUCUCUCUUUUUUAUCUAACACUAACAGAGGGCUUUGUAUAAAUAUACACUGGAUGUGGUUUGCAUCUCACGAAAGGGACUAUGGAGCGCCACAAAUACAAGGUCAAAAAAUAAUUCUGAUGCCGUGGGUAGUUGGUGGAAGACAUGAGGAACUUCCCUCACUCUCAAUUCACAUGAUACACAGGUACACAUCAAGGCUUGCCCACUUGGUUCUAGGAUGGAGUUAAAGGGGAUUAUACAGUAUAAGGAGUGUGGAAUAUAAUAAUGCUUCCACCAACUUGCCAACAUCUCUUCUAAUUUUCUGGCUAUUAGAUAAAAAUUGCACAAUCACACUAAGCAAGUUUUGGACCCAAGUACUAGUAGCAUUGGUGAUACAGUUGCAUUUUUUUUUUUUUUUUUUUUUUUUGGUUUUUCCUUUUUUCUUUUUUGUUGCUAAGGCAGAUCUGCAGGAUCUAAAUUUACCUUGUAACUACUGCUCUAUUUUUUUUUCUUAUUUUUCCUGUGAACAUGUGCAUUUACUGGCAAAGGUUUAUCACAUUUUUAAAUCUUAAGUAAAGAGCAAUAUAUAGAUGUUACAUGAUGCUAGAAAUUAAUGUAAUAUCUAUUCAUGUUAAUUUAUUUAAUUAUUAUUACAGGGAACAUGUAAUGUCCUCUCUUGUUUUGUUGUGAAAUAUGUUUGCACACAGAUAGGUCCACCAGUGCUCAUUCACCAAGCAGACAAUUGGUAAGCCUACAUGACCAGACCUGAUUUCCCUUUCCUUGACUUCAGGAUAUUUAUUUUCCCUCUUUCCUGAUGUUAUUAAUAUCAACUGACAUAAUGAUUAGUAUAAUGUUAUUAACAAUAUUAAAAGCAAAAUUAAAUAAAAAUUAUUUCCAAAAAUCAAGGAAAAGGGUAAACACGUAAGACUAGGAAUUGAUUGAUGACUGUGCACUUUUGGAGCCAUCUACAUGUAAACACAAUAAACUAAACUCGUGGUGGCAUUUUACGCACAUACAAGCCACCCCCAACAGCAAUGGGUUAAGUUUAGAUUUUCUUUCAUGGCCUCUGGUUGUAAGGGACGAGGGAGUUUGAAAAAGGAAAUCACUAUGCUAUUUGCCCUUAUAACUAUAUCAAACUAAUUCACACAAAUAAUUCAACCUAUGGCAAAUUUAACAAACCAACUGCCCAUAUGACAAGCAGUGGAAACUUACAGAAAAUUAUAUCAAAUGCUUAAGUAGUAAUUUAGAAGUUUACUUAAGACUUUUUUUUUUCUUUAUUCUUUUUUUUUUUACAUUUGCUUUUCUCCUUUUUUUUUUCUUUUUUCUUCCUUUUAUUAGCCCCUAAAUGUAAGACACACAUCAACAGAAUGGUAUAAAAGACUUGGGAAAAAAAAACUAUAUAAUUCUAGUCAAAUUGAAAUUAUAAGAAAAGACCCUACACUAGAACAAGCCCCGUCAUUGUUAAGUUGGUCACAUCUAAGAAAUAAGUAAGUUAAAACAAAAACUAUGAAAAAAAUAAACAAAGACAUCCCUGAUAUAAAUGAUAUGUCAAAGCUAUUUAUAGGUAGAUGUGAACACUUACAAGCAAUACUUCUAGAGUGACUAGUUUCAGAAACUUCCUAUUCAUUUUCCCCCAACUACUCUAUUUCUUACUUUUUUUCUGUUUGGUAUUAUUUUAAGACAACAAAUCUAUAUGGCAUACAAGAGUACGUCCACAUGAAUCCUGAAAUCUGCCUCAUAUGUUCACCUGUGUAUACUAACAAAUUCACACCGAAUUUAUCAACUGUUCGUUAUAACUCUUGAACAAUUUCAAUAAAUACCUUGCAAUACAAAAUUUGUAAGUAUUAUACAUGCAUGCUAACAGGACCAGUCCUUGAUAUUUUUGUAUUGUAAAUCUGACUUUUUGCCGGUUAUUUCUACAAGUGAAGUUGGUAUUUUCGUUGUAUUUUCACUUGCUGGAACGAGCUGUGACAGACUUUUUUCAUGCAGUUUCAUUCUGGAUUAUUUGAAAAUCUGUGUAUUUCAUACUCUUCCAUUGUAUACAGUAAUAUAAAGGCAUCAUAUUCAUUAUGGUGAACAUUUUUGA